UGGUCUCGAGGCGAUUAGGAUGUCAGCAGGGUCAUGCAUAGAACCAGGUCAGGCACGAGUAUGCGCAUACCCUAUGAGAGACGGUUUUUUUAUCAACUAAUUGCUACGUCAUCUAUGGCUGUCUGCCUGCCUGCCUGCUGCCAGUCUUAUCAGGCCGCAGAGCAGUGUAUUGAGCCCAGACAGUGAGAGAGUUUCUGCUUUAAAUAUCGCUUGAUCGUCGGUCUCAACAUUUAUUCAACAUGGCGAAGCUGAGGACAGCGAACAGCUACACGAGCAACUCGCUACACGAGCCAGUCCUGCUGAGGAAGGACGAAGAGGACACCAUUGGCGUGUUUACGGUGCCGGAAUUGUUUCGUCAGAGUUGUCAGACAUUCGCAAAGCUGCCCGCCCUGGUCUGGGAGCGACCCGAGCAACAGGAUUGGAUAACGCUCAGCUAUGAGGAAUACGAACAGCAAGUGGAGCAGGCAGCAAGGAUGCUGCUGCAUGUUGGGCUGGAGGCGCGCAGCUCGCUGGGCAUUUUGGCCUUCAAUUGCCCAGAAUGGUUCAUAGCCGAGUUGGGCGCUCUGCGUGCCGGCGGAGUCUUGGCUGGCAUCUAUCCCAGCAACUCGGCUGAGGCAUGUUUCCAUGCCCUGGAGACGAGCGAGGCGACAGUCUGCGUGGUCGAUGACGACAAGCAGAUGGCUAAGCUGCGUUCCAUCAAGCAUCGGCUGCCACGACUGAAGGCUGUCAUUCAGCUGCACGGUCCAUACGAGGCCUUUGUCAAUCAGGAGCAGGGCUACUUUAGCUGGCAGCAUCUGAUGGCACUGGACACGGCGCAACUGCAGCCGGAAUUGCUGAGGAGGGAAAGUGAAGUCUAUGCCAAUGAUUGCGCCAUGCUCGUGUUCACCUCUGGCACAGUUGGCAUGCCCAAGGCUGUGAUGCUCUCCCACGACAGCUUGGUCUUCGAGACGAAAGUUAUUGGAGCAACGCUGAAGAAUACAGUGCUGGGGGGCGAGCGAAUUGUCAGCUAUUUGCCACUAAGUCACAUUGCUGCCCAGGUCUUUGACGUCUUGGUGGCCUUGGAGCAUGGCGGCUGUGUUUACUUUGCCGAUAAGGAUGCGCUCAAGGGUACGCUGGUGCGCACCUUCCAGAAGGCCAGGCCGACACGAAUGUUCGGUGUGCCACGCGUCUUUGAGAAGUUCCAGGAGAGUCUCGUUGCGGCGGAGGUCAAGGCAAAUCCGUAUUCACGUUUUCUGUUGGCGAAGGCGCGUGAUGCCGUAGAACAGCAUCAGCUGGCUACGAUUGCCGGUGAGAAAAUCUCGUUAUAUGGCCAAGCCAAAUACUAUCUAGCCUUGCGGCUUAUUCGAUCCAUACGGCAGAUGUUGGGCCUGGAGCAAUGCAAAACUUUUCUAACAGGCGCAGCGCCAGUUUCCUCCGAGCUCAAGCAUUACUUUUUGGGUCUGGACAUGCCCUUGGGCGAUAUCUAUGGCAUGUCCGAGUCGGGCGGCGCCAUUACGCUGCACGAAAACAUGACUAAUCUGUAUAGCUCGGGUAUUCCACUUGUGGGUAUCGAGGUGAAGAUCCAUGAGCCCGAUGCAAAUGGCCAAGGCGAGAUUGUGACGCGUGGACGUCAUAAUUUCAUGGGCUAUCUGGGCCAGCCACUGAAAACGGAGGAGGCCAUCAAGCCCGAUGGCUGGAUGCACAGCGGCGACGUGGGAUAUAUGGACGAGCACGGCAAUCUCGUAAUCUGCGGCAGAAUUAAGGAGCUUAUUAUCACGGCGGGUGGCGAGAAUAUACCGCCCGUGCACAUUGAGGAGCUGAUCAAGGAGGAGUUGCCCUGUGUUAGCAAUGCUCUCCUGGUUGGCGAUCACCGCAAAUAUCUGACGAUCUUGCUAUCCUUGAAAACGAAAUCUGAUCCGAACACGGGUCUACCUCUCGACGAGUUGCGUGGAGAUACCAUUGCUUGGCUGAAAGAGCUGGGCCUGAACCAAACGCAUCUGUCGCAGCUACUGAAUAUACCCGCUGAUCUACAACUACCCAACGAUGAGAAGUCGCUGGCUGCUGCGCUGGAUAUCAAUGCCGAGCCAAAGCUGUACGAGGCCAUCGAUGCGGGCAUCAAGCGUGCCAAUCUAAAGGCCAUCUCAUCAGCGCAGCGUGUCCAAAAGUUUGCUCUACUGCCGCACGAGUUCUCCGUGCCAACGGGCGAGCUGGGACCCACGCUCAAGACCAGGCGCAACAUAGUGCAUGCAAAGUAUGCCCCCCUAAUCGAGCGACUCUACAAAUAA